AUGAAACCGCGUUAUAAUCUUCGUAUUCAAUCAAUUAAACCUCAACUUAUAACAAAAAACAAAAAAUCUCCUUCAAUAUUAACAUCUCGAGUGACUAAAAAAUCCAAACCUCGUCAUUCAAAUUCUGUAAUCAAUCAGGAAAAGCGUCGUCAUAGUUUACGUUUAACACCAGUUGUUAAAGAAAAAAAAGCUUCAUUAACUAUUCAUGAAACUAUACCAAAAUGGCGUCAAGUAGAGAAUGAUAGUGAAGAUGAAAAUUCAUCAAUAAAUAAUGAUGAUAAUUAUGAUGAUCUACUUGCUCGACAUCAUCGACAUAUGCUUGAAGAACAAAAAGAUCGAAAACUCUAUGAACGAUAUGUUCGUGGUCAACGAUCACUCCGUCGUUUACAAUGUCGUCGUACACAUACAGCACAUUUAAAUGAAGCAACUAGAAAUCGUUUAUUACGUGAAUUAGAACGUGAACGUCGUUAUGCUAUUCAAGAUAAAAUUUGUGCAUAUCUCGCUAAUCAUACAAUUAUAUUUCAACAUAGAUGUAAUAUAGAAUCAAAAGAACCUAUAAGUUGGUCAGAGCUUGAAGAAGAAAUUCCUCAUAAUAGAAAUAUUGGUACAAUACAUCAAUUAGAUGUUAUGAUUGAUAAUUUAAAAAAAGUUAUACGAAAUUCAAAAUCUUCUAUAUCAAAACCUCGAUUAUCUGUCCGUGAACGACAAAAUCAACGUUUAGCAGCUAUAACUCUAAGUAGUCCAAUUAAAUCAGAUGUUUUACAAACAAAUGAAAUCAACCCAUCAAUUAUCAUAUCAAAUUCAACUCUGAAUAUAACAUCACAAUUACCAAUAAUAUCUUAUUUACCUCGUGUACCUGUUGUUCGAUUUAUUGAUGAUCAACAUAAUAAAAUACCAAUAAGUAAUUCACAACAUUUAACAUGUAUACAAAAUGUUUUAUCACAUAAUGAACAAUUGAAUAAUAAUCAUAAUAAUAAUAGAAAUGUAACGAAUGAAAUAUCAACGCCUAAUUCUAUCAGAAAAUUAGUUCUACGUUCGAAAUCUACACAUAUCAAUUUAUCAGAUUCAUCUCCAACGAAAAAACGACCAUUGGAAAAAGAAAAUUAUAGUGUCGUAACAAAUUCAUCAAAUAAUCAUACACAUUCAAAUACUGCUUUGAGAAAUACAUCAUCACCAAUGGUAUCGAUCAAAUAUCCCACGUCUACUUCGUCGUCUCGUUCCUAUCCAAAUACAAGAAAACGUCCAAUGAUU